AUGAAGACAGCAUAUGUCUGUCGCGCUUGCAAACGAAAGCUUAAAGCACCACCUAUACCCCAAGCCAACAGGUGUCUGGUUAGGCAACCAGCGCGAUGGUUCACGAAUAAUACAGCCGCUCCUAGCUCCCGAGAAGAUGCGGGUGGCUGGACUCAAAGCCACGGAGAAAGAAACCGUUUCGCUGGCACAGAUUCGAGUCUGUUUGUGGCGCCCACGAAGAACAAGCGGAGCCAGCGUGCACAAACAGGGAAUAGGGAAAGAGGCCGAUUGAUCGAUGAUAGCGAGGUUUUGACGGCUCUCCAAGGAUCGCCGGUAUCUGGGCCUGAAAUACCAAACACCAAUCGGCUCGCUGCGACCAAAUCCCGGCCAAAACGUGCUCCUGCUCAAAAAAUACUUCCCUACCGCAAGACCAAAUCAGGGGCUAUUUUUCGUCGACAAGACCAUGAGGCUAUCAAAGAGAAGAAACGGAUUAUAAGGGAAAUUCAGUGGGCUCAGAUAAAGAAGUCCAUCCAGGAUCAGCCCAGGGCCGAUUUUCUUCGUAACCGAAAAGCAUUUGUCUACUGGAAAAAGCAUUUUGUGAGAUUACACCACUGGAAAAGUAAUCCUCGAAGGCCGGCUUGGUCCAAAUCUGGCGCAUGGCUAUGGGACCUCAAGAAUUUGGAGGACAUGCAGCGUGCUUGGGAGGCCCUGGAUGUUCACACCCGGGAAGAAACUUGGCCAGGCUUGAUGCUCUCAACAUUGUUCUCACGUCCUGAUCUGGUACACCGUGUACUACAUGCCACUUUGGACCCCUUGCCGCCCUCUUACGCUGUUCAAGAUGCGUUUUCAGUCGUUGUGACAAUACUGUCCGAAAAACAGCCCAGAGAUCAUUUAGGGCACCAAAGACAGACCGAAAUUUCGGAGCUCGUGCAAAUACUGGUGGGGUUAGCCUCGGACUCAUAUCAACCAUUUAUGCAAGCCUCCCUCGGAAUUUUUGCUAAGCGCUCCUCCAACUUCCAUGUGAAAAUAACAUAUGAUGCAUUGAAGGCUGCCAAUAUUUCAUUGAGCCACAAUACAUCGCUUCAAUAUGCCAGCAAAUUGGCCGCUUACACGGACUCUGAUGGCGACAAGUACAAAAAAGCUUCAUUAAGUAUCCUUCUGGAUGCUGCGGAUAAUGGCCUGGAUCUCAAUUCUCCCAAGGUGGCACCUUCUAUCAGCAAGCUACUUCGCUGUGGCCACUUAAAGGGCCGUCAGGAUGAAUUUUCACCAGAUGCCGCGUUGCAUGAUUUGAUUGAAAGAGGGUUCCUCCCCAACACCGCUCACACGAACUCUUUACUUGGUACUCUAUGUCGGCGUGGCCAGGUUGAUGAGGCCGUGAAACUCGCCAAGUUGUUUAUUCAAAAUGGGAUUGAUUUAGGCACUCGCUUUUAUCACGAGUUGUUCAGUGCUGUCAGAGACGGUCACCGAAGUGAACGCUUGGGAGAGGUACUCGAACUGAUGAAAUCAGCAGGUAUGAAAGAAGAGAUGAUCUUGAGUAAGAUUCUUUCUGCUGUCUACUCCUUUUGCGCAAACGAGUUUCGGGCGAAAAAUUACAGUCCCGUGCAGGAAAUGCAACCAUUUCUCCAUAUGCUUCGGUUAUAUGAGAAAAAGUUCCCUCUGGGACCACUUCAACGACUCAUCCCAGAAUCACUGCCACUGCUCCUCAUGCCGAAGUCAGAGGCAUCCGACCCUAAGGUCUCGAGCGUGUGGGACUACGAACGAACAGUAUUGCCAACGGCUGGAAAGUAUGUUUCUAACAUGAGCGAGAAACCUCUGCAUCCAAGCAUGGAUACCAUUGGCAUUAUGUUCAAAGCCUACAUUCUGAGCUCAUGGCGACAGCCUUAUGAGCUCCUAGCUUUGUACCAACAUUUUAAGGAAAUGCUCGAGAGUGGCGACAACUUUGCCCGCGCACUGAUUAGUCGACAAAAAUCCCGUGUGCAUAACUCUUUCCUAUAUGCCAUGUUAUCUCAUCAAGGGCUUGUUCGGCCAGCUCUCCAGGUCUUUGGCGACAUGUUACAUGACGAGCUGUGGGAGCCAAAUGCAGAUGGCUCGACCUCUGCCUCGCAACGAACCCCAUGCCACCCCGAGCCCAGUAUAUACACUUACGGUGUUUUACUGGAAGGGUUGUCGAGGCGAAAGGAGAUGACAAUGAUGAACCAAAUUAUGAAAAUCAUGGAGGAGAAUCACAUCAAGCCAAACCUGGUGACCAUGAACACGCACAUCAAGAGCCAGGCUAUGGCUCAGAAUGUGAGCACGGUAGUCAAUUUAAUGCAGUCCCUGGAAGCCCGAGGCUUUGAACCCGACCAGUUCACACUCGAUGCAUUCGGCAAGCUGCACGACAAGCACAAAAAACGAGCAUUGAGAAUGAUUCAGCGUAUCAUUGAUGCAAAAUCUAAACUCCUCCAGCAACAAGAAGUUAGCCAGGAGGCUACGGCCCCUUCAUAG